GCCGCUUUAUUAAAUCAGAUCAGCAUCUUUCCUCUGGACACCACAACUCUCUCUCUCUCUUUUCUCAAUUGCAUUGUCACUUCCAUGACCUUAGAUCAAACCACGAAUCCACCAAUCAUGGAGUCAAAGACUAGACACCCUCUUCACCAGAUCGCAGACACGCCAACACACAAGCUCCUCCUGAAACAAUGGCUAAAAGAAGAAGAACUCAUCCUCAACCGCGUCUCCCACAAAGAGUCUCAGAUUGAUUCCGUCCGACGAGAGAUCACUCAGCUCUACAUCUUCUUCUUCCUCUUCCACUCCGUCUCUCUCCUCCUUCUCUUCCACGCUUCCUCUUCCUCUUCUUUAUCAGCCUGUAAGAGAACAUGGAUCCCUUCUCUUUGUGCCCUCGUGUCUUCUCUAGGACUCAUCUGGGCCGUGAGGUACAAGUCUGAAGUUGAGUCGCAUCUUGAGAAGUUGCUGGAGAGGGAGAAAGAAGACGCGAAGCUGUUGAGGAAGUGCGUUGAGGAGUUGAAGAAGAAAGGUGUUGAGUUUGAUUUGCUUAAGGAAGUGGACGCUCUUCGUAGGGCGAAGAGCUUGAGGGUUGAGUCGAAGGUGGCUGUGAGGAAAUGGUCCGCGAGGGAUUUCGUGACGCUCUUCUUCUUCUCUGUUUCGUGUUUGGUUCUUGCAAUGAUUAGGCUCAUUCUCUGCGAUUAGAUUCUUUUGCUCUCUCUUUGCUUUUUUUUUUUUUUUUUUUUUAUCUUUUGUUAUAGUUUGCAGUACUAUUCAGCAGAAAGUCUCUUGUUUCUGCAAGUUUAAUGUUUGUUUAGAGAUAAUAAAAAGAAGAAAAAACAUGUUUGAUCCUCUUCUUCAGUCUGCCUGAAGUUAAUCUUUUUUUUAUGCCAACACAUUUUGCUAUUUUCAACUUGUUUAUGAAGUGAAAAAACAUUGAGGGAAAACAAGAAAUGUAUAGAAUUAGAGAGGGAUUAGAUACAAUGAAAAGCUCAAGACUUUCAUAUAACAAAGUUUCAUCAGAUUAUUUAUUACACAUAGAAAUUCCUUUUCCUUAUCUUCAUCCCCAAGAAGAUCAGUGAGCGUAGGGAUGUGCUCUUCAGAUAACUUAGACUUGUCCUCAAUAAUCUUUGAAACUCGGGAGUAAAGGUAAUUAUGCAGCUUUCGCAUUGGAGAAAAAUCAGAGACAUUGGGUUAUUCCUUUUCCUCGUUUUGAUUACAUGGGCCCGGCCCAUUAAAGCUUAGGCUUGACCAAAUAAUAAAGGAAUUGAAUAACGAUGUUAUCCACCCGGUGAGCAUUGAACCUCACCUCUGCUCUGUUGGAGCUGCAAGCAUUAAGUGACAGGGAAAUCAUAUGUAUAUAUGACAUUAUUUAUUUAUAUAAAACACUCCCAAAGCGUAUAAGACGGACUUUUUCUCUCUAGGAAAAAGAAGCCGCCGUUAGAUUUUGCAAUACUUAUCCGGCAGUUGGCGCUCCUCGCCACCGCUAGAAGAGUCUCUCUCGUCUUCGUCUUCAUUCUCAUUUAUGUGUGUGUGGGUUGCAGAGAUCAGAUCUUUUUCUGUUUUUCUGUUCCAUUCUCAUCUGAAUCGGGAGAUGGUCUCGAGGUUUGUACCUUUGUCAUGGAUGAAUUGGUGAUCGUGAAUUAUGUGACUGGUGAAGCAAGUCCGAUGCAAACAAGUUGAGUCUCCUCUGAUCUCUAUCCUAGCCUCCUGUCUACGUGCGGUUUGUAUUCUAGUCGUUCCUGGUUUCGUUGUCUUUUAGCAAUGAUGGGCUUUGUGCUCUGCUGGUGUUUGUGGUUGUAUAUUACUGGCGUUGAAGAUUUUUUAUAUUGGUCUUGGUGGCAACGGUUCAGUCAUAGUGUUGAAUGUUGUUAAUCGCAAGGUCUUUACUGAGUUUCUUCUCCGGCUCUACUCCAACAGUUUGGAGCAUGGCUCAUGUUUACUUAAAUUGUGGGAAGUCGGAAGGUGGACUUCAAUGGCUUCUAAUCUUAUCAAAAUGGAAGCAAAUGGUUCUUAUAGCGAUGAUUUCAACUUCGGUUAUGACCGUAAACGCAAGUCUUCUCAGAUUUCUAUGAUGGUUUUUGGGCUCAUGAAGAAAGCAGCCUCAAACCAAAGCAUGACAGUGCUGUGUUUCUACGCUCAGCUGGUUCUUGGUUGGGAGCAAUCUUUGUUUUUGUCUUCCUUGCAGUGAGGUUAUGGUAUGGUAUCUACUGAUACUACUUUCUAACCUUCAAUCUUUAUGAUUUUCCAAUUCUUUUUUCUAGAGUUGGUUUCUUGGUAUAUGUCUCCGUGUGUGGAGAACAUCUUUUUCAUUAUGUAACUCUUUCAUUUGAAAUACAAACAAGCGUUUAAAAAAAAAUUCAGACAUUAAC